AUACACAUGGAUGGGAUUUUUCCCGCAUACGUUUGCAGUAGGCCUACGUACGUACGUCUAUUAGUCUGCAAGAUUUUUUUACUUUUUAAUACUAAUGUUAUACGUGAACAAUCUUUAACUCAUUCUCCAUUAAAAUCUAGUCGACUGGUUAAUUCAUCCUCAUUGUGAAUAUUCAUGUGUGCCUGUGUUUGGGAAACUUGUUGAGACAAAUUAAAUUAAAAUCGAACAGCGUGGCCCUGAUUCCGCCUGGUCAUGUCUAUCCUCGUACACAGUGAUGCUACCGGAGUUGUUGUGGAGUUUAAACAAAAAGGCAAUUUUGGGUUCAUACGCCCAUCAGACAUGUCAGACCCUUGCCUUGAUGACGUUGAUGACGUGUUUUUUCAUAUCUCAGACGUUCCGAAUAGAUCCAUAGAACCGGCGGGCGAGGUAUGGUUUGAUUUGCAUUUGGGACCAAAAGGAUAUUUUGCAAAAGAUAUUACGUUUCAAACUUCCGAUGAUGAGGAUUCCGAAUCAGAAUCUGAGGAGCAUAUUUUAGAGGAAGGUGUACAUGGGGUUGUUACGCAGUACAGAGAAAGAAGUCGAUAUGGUUUCAUAUACGUGAAUGACACUUACAACAAAGUAUUCUUUCAUAUCUCAAAAGUUGAAGCGGAAGACAUUGAAGUUGGAGAUAAAGUGGAGUUAGAUUUGUAUUUGGGACCUAAGGGAUACUUUGCAGAAGAUAUUACGUUUCCAACUUCAGAUGAUGAGGAUUCCGAAUCAGAAGAUGAGGAUUCCGAAUCAGAAUCUGAGGCGCUUUUAGAGGAAGGUGUACAUGGGGUUGUUACGCAGUACAGAGAAAGAAGUCGAUAUGGUUUCAUAUACGUGAAUGACACUUACAACAAAGUAUUCUUUCAUAUCUCAAAAGUUGAAGCGGAAGACAUUGAAGUUGGAGAUAAAGUGGAGUUAGAUUUGUAUUCGGGACCUAAGGGAUACUUUGCAGAAGAUAUUACGUUUCAAACUUCAGAUGAUGAGGAUUCCGAAUCAGAAGAUGAGGAUUCCGAAUCAGAAUCUGAGGCGCUUUUAGAGGAAGGUGUACAUGGGGUUGUUACGCAGUACAGAGAAAGAAGUCGAUAUGGUUUCAUAUACGUGAAUGACACUUACAACAAAGUAUUCUUUCAUAUCUCAAAAGUUGAAGCGGAAGACAUUGAAGUUGGAGAUAAAGUGGAGUUAGAUUUGUAUUCGGGACCUAAGGGAUACUUUGCAGAAGAUAUUACGUUUCAAACUUCAGAUGAUGAUGAUUUCGAAUCAGAAUCCGAUUCUGAGGAACUUAUUCAGGAUGGUGUUCAAGGGGCCGUAACGCGCUAUGGAGCAAAAAGUCGUUAUGGAUUCAUCCACGUCAAUGACACUUACAACAAAGUGUUUUUUCAUAUCUCGGAAGUGUCGGGGGACUACAUUGAAGUCGGAGACGAGGUAGAGUUUUAUCUGUGUGUUGGUCCAAAAGGAUACUUCGCACAGACGAUCGAGGUAAUAAAUUUGGAAUCGGGUGACGAUUCUGACUCUGAGUCUGACGCUGAUGACGAAACUGCUAAUGAGGAGACACUUCUAGCUAGUAACGCAACUGGCGUGGUGAAGCGGUACUUAAACAGACGCCGCUUUGGAUUCAUUAGGGGUGAUCAUGGUGAUACGACAUAUAACAAGAUCUUCUUCCAUAUUUCUGCAGUCUCGUACCAACCCGUGGCAAUCCACGAUACAGUGCAAUUCGAUUUGCACGUUGGGCCCAAAGGAUACUUCGCGAAAUCAGUCACAUUUUACACUCCAACAAGGGUAGACACUGACUGCACUGAAAUAGGUUUGGGUCAAAACGUGGGGUCUCAUGGCGGCUACAAUCCUCCUCAAGAAACAGAGAAGAAAAACAAUCAUAAAGAACGUACAGCAAAUGACCCAUCGUGUGCUGGUUCGACCGGUACAACAAACUUUGAAACCUCUCGGAUAUCAAGAGAAAGGGGGAACACUUUCUUUAAGCAAGCACGUGAGCAGGACAGUGACAAGAGCAAAAUGGCUUACUACCUUAAUGCUUUGGAGUGUUACAAGAAGGCCUACACAAGUUCCUUAAAGGAUGAGGAUUUGGUUUCAGCAGCGAAGAAUACUGGUACUACCUGUUGGAAGCUCGCUAAACUCAAGAUAGAUGGGAAUUCUUCUGAGCUGAAGGUGGUUCAUGCCUAUUUCAAAGAUACACUGCAGUAUUUCAAGAUCGCUCACGAGAAAAGGAGCUGCAUGGUGGACGAAUGGUCUAAUCAUCUGGAGAAAUCCAUCAAGGAAUGUCUGAACGACAUCAAAGCAUGGGUUGCACCAAGAAACGACCAAGAUCGAAUUUGUGUCCUCAAAGAGUUUGUAGACUACUUGCCAGAAAGUGGAGCUAAAGUAAGCUGUUAUCUUCACAUUGCUAAUAUCUACUUCAGAAAUGGAAAGGAUGCUAUCAAGGAAAGGGAAUACAAUGGCUGUCUGAGGUAUAUGGAUGACUGCGCCGCGACUCUUAAAGAAGCAAGGAAAAGUUGUUCAGACCUUGAAUCGGGCUGCGAAGUAAAUAUAACUGAUCUGGAGAAAGAUAUCCACCACCAGAAAGAUGUCGUUCAGAAAUGUCUUGCAAAGGUCAAAGAGGCACAGGAGCGUCAAACACAAGGGAAGGAGGAAGCGAAGGAGAGGGAAAAUGCAAAGAUUCAGCUAAAAUCCGAUCUAAAGAAAUUGGAAGGUUUCAAAAAGCUGACCCUUGACAAAUUCAUCGAACGGGUGUACAAGCAGUGGCCUCCCAAGGGGGUUGAUAAGUCCAAGUUGCGCAGCCCAUCUUCCGCAUCAUCGAAGAGUUCGACAAGACGGCUCCUCAUCCAUGCAAUUGCAUUCUACCAUCCAGAUAAGGUGGAUAAGAAAAAGCACGGCGUAAAAUGGCAUGUAUUGUGUGACGAGAUUACAAAAUGUCUGAAUGCUCUACUUUCGGAUGUUAAUAUAUAAAUAUGUGGGAAAAGAAACAGCUCCUUACAGCAGAGGCGUCGGUCCCGCGGGAAGGCAGGGGGCCAUCUUCCCCCCAAAGAAAAAAAAAGAUAACUUGGAAAGUGUAUAAUACACAAUGAAAAUAUCAUGAAAAAGCAUUGAAAAGCUCAAUAAGACCAACUUGGCAUAAACAUACUAUCCACCUUAGAAGAUUGUCAUUUUUUCGGUAACCCGAAAUUUGUUGACAUAAUUUUUCACUCCCGAAAACAUCCGAAACAUAGAUUACGGCCCCUGCCUCAGAAUAUGUUGGAAGGAGAAAAGGGAUGGGUGUGCUGCUACGCGUGGGGAGGUAACCGCCCCUAUACAUUUUCAAGAAGUUAGAUAAAAGUUUUUAAACAGAACAUAAGAAAGAGAAAUGAAGGAGAAAGAGGAAAGAGGAAUAUAAGCAGAGUGGUUUUGGUCGCGUAACCCUAUAUACCUAUGUUAUUCAAUUAAUAAGCCCCCCCCUCUCGCAUUAUUCUAUGUAUGUAGUUAAUAUAUUAUUAGACGUAUUAUUUUAUAUACACCGUUAACCAUCAGAAAUUUCAAAUAUAUUGUGCGCUAUAAUAUUACAGUAUUACAUACUGGAGAGAAUACGGCAUUGCUGUUUAUUUCAGUUUUAAUACCAAUAUGUUUCUUUUACUUUUAUCAAAUCCAACUUAACACUAAUGUGAAUUCCACUCAAAGAGAAAAUGGACUAGCAAAUUGUUUCUAUUGCAGACAAAUGGGAUCGGUUUGACGAAAUUGAAUAGAAUGACUCGAGUUUGACAAGUUGUAUUUCAGUGUAUGACUCUAAAUCUGCCCUACCAUUACGUCAUCACAUCAACACAGAAGAGCUUAAUUCCAAAAGGGGCUUAAUCCACUUUUGACCAAAAUUGAUUUAUUGAUAGCAAUAUAUGUAUCUUAGACGUGGGAAUCAAAUACAACCAUAUCGCAUUUGAACAAAAAAUCUUUGGAGAAGGUUGGUAAAAAUUGAUUGAAAAUUUGAAUUUUAUUCCAACAGAUGCUUAAUCUAAACAGUUUUAUUCAAAAAGGAGCUAAAUCCACCAUGUAAAAGGGUGAUGAAUAUCUUAUUCAAGCCGAUUUUUUUUUCUUGUUUUCUUUUUUUAGUUAUGAUUUCGGAAUAAUCUAAGCAAUAGCCAGUUGGUUGUGUAAGUUCAUGGUGUAAAAGGAAAGAACCAUCUGGAUGUUAGUAUCCGGCUAUUUCUUUUUUGUUAAAUUGAAUAUUUCCCGAUGUCUUGUGUUUCGGCACUAGCAGUGGUGUGGUGGGGUUCCAGUUCUUAUUUUUUCCCCAUUUCAUAUAUAGUGCUAGCUGUUUUGCUUGAAAAGAAAAUAUACUAAGAUUUCAUAUAAAAAAUUGACAUGUCUUGCUUUUGCUUUGGGAAUAUUAUCAGUCUUGUUCUAGAAAGUAGCCAAUAUGUUUUUAAACAAUGUCUUGUUUGUGUUACAUGUUUAAUAAACGUUAACUUCUUAUUUUAUUUUGCUUCUU